AUGUUUAUUUUUCCCUCCCCUUCAGAUUUGUCGCGGAACAGACUGUCAGAGCUUCCAGCAGAAGCGUGUCACUUCGUCUCCCUCGAGAGUCUUAAUUUGUACCAGAACUGCAUUCGAUACAUCCCAGAGGCUGUUUUGAACUUGCAGUCUUUAACAUUUCUAAAUAUCAGCCGAAACCAGCUUUCAACAUUGCCGGUACACCUCUGUAGUCUGCCACUAAAGGUUUUGAUAGCGAGUAAUAAUAAGUUGGUUUCAAUACCUGAAGAAAUUGGACAGCUCAGACAGCUGACAGAGCUUGAUGUGAGCUGUAAUGAAAUACAGACAAUACCUCCACAGAUUGGCAAUUUGGAAUCCUUGCGAGACCUAAAUGUCAGAAGAAAUAAUUUGGUGCGUUUACCUGAAGAGCUUGCUGAGUUGCCUUUGAUUCGAUUAGAUUUCUCCUGCAAUAAAAUAACAACAAUACCAGUCUGUUACAGGAACCUCAGACAUUUGCAGACCAUCAUGUUAGAGAACAACCCUCUCCAGUCACCUCCUGCACAGAUAUGUAUAAAAGGAAAAAUUCACAUAUUUAAAUACUUGAACAUAGAAGCAUGCAAGAUAGCUCCAGACUUGCCUGAUUAUGAUAGGAGACCUAUGGGAUUUGGAUCUUGCCAUGAGGAACUCUAUUCCAGCCGGCCAUAUGGAGCACUUGAUUCUGGCUUCAAUAGUGUGGACAGCGGAGACAAAAGAUGGUCAGGGAAUGAACCAACAGAUGAGUUCUCAGAUCUCCCUUUACGUGUGGCAGAGAUCACUAAAGAACAGAGACUGCGAAGAGAAAGCCAGUAUCAAGAAAACCGAGGGAGCACUGUCGUAACUAAUGGUGGAGUGGAACAUGAUCUCGAUCAGAUCGACUAUAUUGAUAGCUGUGCUACGGAAGAGGAGGAGGAAGAGGUGAGGCAACCCAAGUGCAUGGAGUCAGCCAGCCUCAGCUCACAAUUCAUGGCAUAUAUUGACCAGCGGCGAAUCUCUAAUGAGGGCUCACCAGUAAAGUCUGUGUCCGUGAGAGAAUUUCAGAGAACGGAGGAUACAAGACGAUAUUUACAUCAAAACAGGGAUACUGAUGAAUUACGAAGACCUGAAACUCUAAAUUUGAUGCAGGACAGAGAGCGUCACCAAGUACUAAGGAGUUAUGUGGACAGGACAGAGAGACCCCCGGCUGAUUCACCUUACUUUCUAUCAAGUCAUCACAGUCAGGUGCCCCAUACAGAUCCCGAGCUGCACCGCAGGCACAUAGAGCGUACCCGUCGGGAGGCCCAGUUAGCAGCACUUCAGUAUGAGGAGGAGAGGAUGAGAACAAAACAGAUCCAGAGAGAAGCUGUCCUUGACUUUGUUAAGCAAAAAGCAUCCUUAAGUCCUCAGAAGCAAAGUCCUCUGGAUAGUGAGUGUCCCUUUCCAUCCAGAAGGUCUCAGCAUACUGAUGAUAGUGCCUUGUUAGUGAAUGGCUUUGAGCCUCUCUUUGUGUUUGAGAUUGACAGUAACACCAAUACCAUUAAAAGAAGGCCAGGGACUCGCAAACAGUCACUCUCAGGGUUGAAUCAAGAAAGCUGUGCUACUACCCUGCCUAAUGCCUCUACGUUCAGUCCUGUCAAGAGUGAUGACAGAUCUGCCAUCUCCCCCGGCUCACCUACCACUCAGACAGUCCACCUUUCCCCUCCAUAUCCUGGCCAUGCAGCCCCACCUUCCUAUAGAAACCCUUCCCAGCGACCUGAGAGUUUCCUUUUCCGAGCAGCUGUCAGGGAUGAAGCAAACAAAGCUGUCACUUCAUCUUCUACCCGUGCCUUGUCUCCUGCUAAUGAGUCUGCAGACCCCAGGGUAAGGCAAAACUCCAAACAGCGAGAGGAGGAGCUGGAGCUAAUAGAGCAGCUACGUAAGAAUAUAGAAUCACGAUUGAAAGUGUCAUUGCCCAAUGAUCUUGGAGCAGCUCUCACCGAUGGUGUUGUUCUGUGCCAUUUAGCUAACCAUGUGCGUCCCCGAUCUGUUCCUAGCAUUCAUGUCCCCUCACCUGCUGUUCCUAAACUUACAAUGGCAAAAUGCAGACGAAACGUGGAGAAUUUCUUGGAAGCUUGCAGAAGGAUUGGAGUGCCUCAGGACAAUCUUUGUUCCCCUUCUGACAUUCUUCAGCUAAACCUCAGCGUUAAAAGAACAGUUGAGACUCUUCUUUCCCUGGGGACAGAUUCAGAAGAAUCCAGUCUUGUCUCCCUUUCCAUUCAGCUCUGGGGCUUUGUGGUGUUUUACUGUACUCUAAUGCUAACGCUCUGUAUGUUCUAUCGCUGGGUCUUUUUUCUCUAGCGGAAGGAUAGUGUUGCUGCUUCCUCCCUCCGUCGCUCCGGUGCUUGGGAAAGGAUUUGGGGUUUUGUCAAGACUGUGUGUAUGAAGUGCUCUCUUUCCCACUGAUGGGACGGAGGUGACAAGUACGAUUGUGUAAACGCAUUGGUGCACCCACACGACCAUCUGUGCCAUAAUUCACAUUUGUAUUUGCUGUGUCAUAUUUAGCAGCUAUAAUGCUUUUACAAGGGAGGAGGUGCUGUCCGUGCGCUAGAGCAAAGGACUGAGGUUAGGGUGCAUGCUACAGUCUGCUGACGAGUGCUGUAAUACUGGGAAAACUGCGUUGUCAGUUUGUGCCUCAGUUUCCCCACCUGUAUAAUGGGAAUUGCACCCACUUUGGUAAAUUCCUUCAAGAUUAUCUGGUGAAAAAUGUUAAAAGAAUACAAAGUAUUUUUUUUUCCAACAUCAGUGUUCUUGAUUAGAUCUCACAGUCUUAGGAGACAUGGUCUAGUAAGUUUUGUCCACAGGACUCUGGUGGUAUUUUUUUUUCUUACUCCCCAUCCCUUAUCCUGCUUCUGAGAGCUUUUGUUUUCUAAUAUUUGUAGACCCUGGUGUGUUACUUUGACUCAGGAUUUUUAAAAUAACUGUCAGUGAAUCCUGAGCUACUUGAGCUUCACAACGGAUCAAACAGGAAAUUUUUCAGAAAAUUGAGCUAUUCAACAGCUUUGAGAGAAAUGUUUUCUGGCACAGAUGGAAAAAUCUUAAUGAUUCUAUCAGAUGCCACAGAAUGUCAUAGCUCUUCAUUGUGCUCUGGAUAAAACUUAACCAAAACUUCUUGGGUUGCCACUUUAUUGUGGGUGCCCCAGCCCAUGCUUGUCUCACGCUUAUUCCUUUCUUACCCUGUCAUUUUCAGAAACCUUUGUAUCCUACAGUUGCAGAAAUUUAAGUCCCAGCUGCACGAUCACUCUUUGGUGGUUUACAAAACUCAGGUAGUCUUCCGUGAAGCUUCAAAGCUUUUCCCUCCCCAGGAAAAGCAUCCUGGUGCUUUAACGCUUUACUGUCUCAGGGACACCUCAGAACUUCAGGGCACUCCCCGUGUGAUGUGUAACAGACCAUGUCUCCUCAGAGUGUAGAUUGAUUCAGGGAACUCUGCUCAGAGACCCGUGACAGGUAAGUGUUAGGUGAAAUGGCUGUUCCAAAUGUGUUUUCAAUCAAUUUCUGUUUUAUCUAAGAACACAGUAAAUGGCUUGUAGGCCCAGUUUUAGUGGUGUUAGCAUUCCGACGUUAACCUGGCAACAGCUCUGAAGCACAGUUUAAGACACACAGGAGUUUAGUUGCAAGCGUGGUUGCUACCAGUAAAAAACGUGUUAUGGGUACGUGGAUCUCACAAGCUCUUGUAACAAAGUGAGUAUUUAACAAAGGAGCAAGUAGAGGAGCUGAUGCCCUCUUUCCAAAUCACACAAAGUGUUCUGUCCAAGCAAAACAUUUUUGAGGAAAGAGGGGACCUCUGAUGGGGGGGGGAUUGUUUUAUUUUUAAAUAAGCUAUUUUUGCACUGCUUACUGGUAUGAACUAAAAUGAACUCGGUUCCUAUGUUUCUUAACUUCUAAUGAACACUGUGAUAAAAGCUGCAAGGGGUUUUACACUAACAGUGCCUUCCAGUUUUUAAAUUUUGUUUGUCAUGACUGUGAUAUGGAGUCAUUCCAAAGCUUUUCCCCUUGUCUAUUUGCAUACAUAAGAAAAAAGAUAAGGCAUAGUUGCUCAAGUUUACAAGUAUUUUCUCAAAAAGCACACUUUUUUCAAAAUAACACAGAUUUGCUGGAAGAAAAAUGUGUUUCAGCCUGACUAUAUCGUUUACUGUGAGAAUUUCAGUCUGGGUCCAUUUGUUUUCUCUCCGCUCUGAGCUUUGCCAGAGGAGCGUUGGCUGCCACUGUUUAUGCUGAAGGGUUUCUUUAACAUCAAAAAUCAGUAAAGAUUCAAAGAUUGGAGGAAUGCAGGUUGCUGUGGAAAUAACACGUGAAAAAUAAUCUCUGUAGCUCUAUAGGAAGGACACACUUGGGUUAUUUUCUACAGACACAGAGAACUGUUGGACAUGUAUCCUGACUGUUGUGGGGUGAGGAUGGCCAGGAUGUGCCAAGGACUUACGUAGGAUGAGGCUUUAAAUCCAUCUUAGACUGAGAAUAGCACAAUUACUAAUAAACACUUUGAAACCUCUUUUUGUAUUUUGCGUAUUACUCUUAUUCCUUAGAAUGAUUUUGGAGGUAACCUGCUAAGCAGGUGUACUUCUGGAAGAUAAGUAAGUGGUAGUGGCUGACACGUAACAUAGGAUGGACGUUUGCCUAUAAACAUACUGUCGGUUUCUCAUUGCCUUGAACAGCAGAAAUGGGAUUUCCCACAUUGAUGAUCAAGGUUAUUUCAGUCACGCAUAAAAGCAAGGGUUUUUUUCUUCCAAAAACUUGUGCUUUCUGCUUUUUCAUACUGUCCAAGGAAUUUUUGUAAUGGUAGAGGCAGCACAUACCCACAGACAGAAGGGCUUCGGGUGGGCGGUGUGUCUCAUGGGAUGAGAAUUGCUUUUAAGCAUGAGAUUUCCACUCAGACUCGUUGCACGGCAUUUCCGUAGCGCAGGCUAGUAUUUCAUUCAUUUCAUUUAGGGGCGUGGUUUAGUGGUGGGAUGGCAGGGUUAGGGUAAUGGUUGGACUUGAUGAUCUUAAAGGUCUUUUCCAACCUAAACAAUUCUAUGAUGCUCUUCUAUGAUUCUCUGCUUUAAACCAGGUCUUCCCUCACGUUUAAUAGCUGAACAGGCUUG